AUGGCUGAUACUGAAAUUAAGAAAUCUUCUAUGUUUAGAGUAUGUUCGAUGAGUGAAUCCCCUGCUCCCAGCUUUGAACCUGAAGAUUCGUGUUCGGAAAUGGCUUCUUUGAGAGACACGGUUAGGAGCAACGAGAGCAAAGUACGCUCUCAUAAAGAUCCUGUUGCUCGUUCCCAGGCUGCCUUGGAUCGAGCCAAGAAGGAGGUGUUGCGCCAGUGUUUCUCGUCAUCUUCGUCGCCUUCUCCUAAGCGUAGAUGGAGCGCUUCGGAGUCCUCUCGCCCUCUCAAGAGAACCUGGAAGGAGCCUUGCGCCCUUCCUUCCAGCCCCGAAUCCUUCUCGGAAGAGCCGGAGAUCGAGCGUAAGAGAACCAGGAGAUCUCAAGAAUCCUCUUCUCCUUUCCGCGCUCGGGCCUCUCCUCCAGUCGAAGAGUUUGAGAGAUCGCCAGCGCGCAUCUUGGCGGGUCUGCAGGCGCAGAUUUCAGCUUUGGCCGACUCCUUAGCAGGGAGUUCUCACCGUCGGAAGGACGUCUCGCUCCUGGUGAAGAAGUCGAAGAAAGACACUGCGGAUUUCUCACCUCCUGCAGGAAGGGUUCAAGAGCCUCGCAGUAGAGCCUCUUACAUUCAAGAGAACCUCAGUCGCUCUCCGAGCAGGCACUCCUCACCCCCCAGCAGGCGUCUGGAACUUGACAGGCGUAAGGAGCUAGACAGGCAUUCUUCUCCGGAGUACCGCUCUUCUAGAUUUAAACAAGAAGAAUUGGAGGAUCGAUUCGCUUCUAGUAGGCGCUAUUCACCGAAGACUCGCUCUACUUCUAGCAAGCGUCAAGAGCUUGACAGGCGCCAGGAAUCUCGUAUUUUCCAGGAUCGUAGUAGGCGCACUUCGCCUGGAAGCCGCUCUCCUCUGGACAGGCGCCUGGAGACUAGUAGGCAUUUUUCGCCAGGAGUUCUCUCUUCGCCGGAGACUCGUUCGCCCUCUGUCAGACACAGAGAAGAUAGUAGGCGCCAAGAGCCUAGUAGGCGCCAGAUAAGACAAUCUCCGCCUUGUGAUCGCUCUCGGCUGGACAGGCGCACAGAGCCUUGCAAGCGCUUCGCGUCUGAUAGGCGCUCUUCUUCGGAAGACUUUUCUCCUCGUGACAGGCGCCAAGAGCCUGGCAGGCGCUUUAGAGACUGA